AUGGCGAAGCGCUCCCAGGUGGGGUUCCCGGACCUGAAUGGGGCAGGUCGAGGAAAUUCGAGCGCCCAGACCGCGUUGGAAGUUUGCUUAUAUAUGCAGGGUGUCCAGGUUCCGGUAAAUCGCGGCCGCGUCUGGACCCCUAUUCCGCAAGCCAGGCUUGCUUCCUCGCAGCCUGUCAAUUUGGAGACGUCCAAAUAUCUUUCACAUAGGUUCAAGACAUGCACUGCCAAAGUCCCGCCUCCGGAAGCCGGGCUUCUAAAUUCGCGCUUGCGCAGUUUCUUACGGAAACGGAAGUGGGGAGCCCAGAGUGAAUGUCGGACCGUCCAGGAUAUCUUGGAGGCCUGCCUGCUUUCUCCUCUUUCUCUUUUGUAUUGGAAAAGCUCUUUGAGGAAGAGGAGGAAACAAAAGGAAGAGAAGUCAGAAAUGGCUCUUUCUCAGGCACAAUUGACCUUCAAGGAUGUGGCCAUUCAAUUCUCUCCAGAAGAGUGGGAAUGUCUGGACCCUGCUCAGAAGACCUUGUACAGGGACGUGAUGUUGGAGACCCUCAGGAACCUGCUCUCUGUGGCUAUCUCUCAUAUACACAUGAUCAAGAAAUCACAACUAAAAUCAAACAUUGAUAUAGGAGAAAGAUUCCAAACAGUGAUGUUGGAAAACCAUGAAAGCCACGAAAUCAAGCAUUUUUACCAUCAAGAAUUACAGGAAAAUAAGUGUGACCUUGGGUAUCAGUGGAGAGAUGAUGAAAGAAAUUAUAAAAAUAUCCCUACAUCCCAUAAGGAAGUUGUCACUUAUGGAAGAGUUCAGCCCAGUGGAAAGGAUACAGAAAAGAAGCUGAUUGCAAAUAUACUUCCAUUAAGCUCUUGGGAUGCACUGUGCAUGUUUCAGAGUAGACAGACAAUUGAUGAAUUUCAUCAAGCUGAUGACAACAUUAACAGUAGUACGUCAUUUUCACCAUCUCAGGAAAUUUCUCCUUCUGGCCAAUCCAAAAUUUCUAAUAUAUAUGGGAGUGAUUUUAUGCAUCCUUCAAUAUUGACACAAGACCAGAAAGCACACAGGGAAAGACCUUACAAAUGUAAUGAGGGUGGCAAAAUCUUUCUUAAGGGCUCAGACUUCAGUAGACAUCAGAUAAUCCAUACAGGAAAGAAAUUGCGUAAAUGUAACUUUUGUGGAAAGAUCUUUAGUCGAAAUUCACACCUUGAAGUUCAUCAGAGAACUCAUACUGGAGAGAAACCUUAUAAAUGUAAUGUGUGUGGCAAGAGUUUUAAUCAUAAUUCAUAUCUCACAUGUCAUAAGAGAAUUCAUACUGGAGAGACACCUUACAAAUGCAAUGUCUGUGGGAAAACCUUUCGGUAUCCCUCAGGCCUCUGGAGACAUAUGAUAAAACAUACUGGAAGAAAACCAUUUAAAUGUGAUGUAUGUGGCAGAGUCUUUAAUCAAAAUAAAGACCUUGCAGUUCAUCACAGAAAUUAUACUGGAGAGAAACCUUACGAAUGUAAUGAAUGUGUCAAGGUUUUUUGUGAUAAGGAAACUGUUACAAGGCAUCAACAAAUUCAAACUGCAGUAACAGCAUACAAAUGUAAUACAUGUGGCAAGUACUUUCAUCACAGGACUGCCCUUAUACGGCAUCAACAUGUCCAUACUGGAGACAAACCUCACAAAUGUAAUGAGUGUGGCAAGUACUUUAAUCAGAAAUCCAAUCUGGUGCGUCAUCAAACGAUUCAUAAUGGUGACAGACCUUACAAAUGUAAUCAGUGUGGCCAUCUGUUUAGUCUGAAAGGAAGCCUUGCAGCUCAUCAGAGGAUUCAUACUGGAGAGAAACCUUACAAAUGUAGUGAGUGUGGCAAAGUCUUUAAUAGAAAUUCAAACCUCGUAGUUCAUCAGAGAAUUCAUACUGGAGAGAAACCUUACAAAUGUAAUGAGUGUGGUGAGAUGUUCAGCAGUAGAGCAACCCUCAUCAGUCAUCAGUUCAUCCAUACUGGAGAGAAACCUUACAAAUGUGAUCAGUGUGGCAAAGGCUUUGGUUACAAACAAUGUCUUCGAAUUCAUCACAGAUUGCAUAAUGAAUAAGUGGAAGUGAAAGUGAUAGUCACUCCCGUCAUGUAGCCUGUCAGGCUCCUUUGUCCAUUGGAUCUCCAGGCAAGAAUACUGGAAUGGGUAGACAUUUCCGUCUCCAGGGGAUCUUACUUUACCUAAUGAGCCACCAGGGAAGUCCACAUAAUGAAUAGAAACAUUACAAAUUUGUUGUGUGAAAAAGCCUUUACUCAGAUCUCAACCCUACCACACAUCGAAAAUCCAACUUAAGAAACACCAUGUAAUUGUGUUUCUAAGCAAUUGUGUAAUUGCUAUAUGUGGGAAGGUCUUCAAAAUUCAAACUUCAAAAAAAAUUCAGAUCUGAAAAUUCACAGCUUAGAAUUUGUUGGAGAACUCAUAGCGGGAAGAAACUGUACAAAUAUCAUGAGUGUUAUGAAGUUUUUUUGCACUCACCACCAGGUAAUCUGUAAUGGGAAGAAACCUCACAAGUUUAAUGACUGUCUCUAUGUUUAGUUAAAAUUCAUACCUUGUAUAUAAUAUGCCAGAUAAUUCAUACUGGAGAGAAACCUUUCAAAUGUAAUGAGUGGCGAUUUCUUCAGUAUGCCUUUAAGCCUAAAACGUCCCUGCAGGUGUUCCAUGAUCUUGAACAUUGAACAGUGUAUGAGGUGUCAAGGCUUUUACAGGUGUCCACAUCUUCGGCUUUAUUAGAGUUUGUAGAACUGCAACAUCACAUCAACUGUAGUGCAAGAACCAUAGACACUUGAUGAGAUGAGAAUGUUUCUGGAAAACUGUGUUUUGCUUUUCUACAUACCCCAUACUAAAUUUUCCAUUUCUACUGUACCAAUUACUACAAACUGAG